AUGGACAACUUUUCCAAUAAUGUCAGCUGUUUUGCGCGGGAAGGAUCAUUGUUGGCAAGCUUACGAAUCUUUGCACUGGUGCUAGCGCAGUAUCAAUUAUUUUUCGUAAACCAAUUUUCGAAAAAAAAUGCUUUUCGGGAGGAAGAUGGAUGUCGGGAAACGAAAAACACUAAGAAUCACCUUGAUCACUUCAAAGAAUUAGGCAAUAAAGAACGUAUGGCUCAAGCACUAGUUAAUGAAGAGGUUAAGACUAUAGCUCAGAAAAAACUGACCGUCAUUACUUUCCAUCACUUUCGCCAAGGGGAUGUAAUCAUUAAGGCUAAUACAUAUUACAUUUCAUUUAUAAGUAAAUGCUCACUGGUUAAUGAAGAGAACAAAUAUCGGGACACCGAGUCUUUUGAAUUAUGA